UGUAUUUAGAACACAUCGAACGUUCAAACGAGCGCGCCAUGUCGAAGCAAUGUGUCUCUAUGCCGCAAAUAUCUUUUCGCAAGAGCAGCAGCAGCAGUGGCCACCGCAAAGCUCCCAACACGCUCGCCCCUCAAACCGUCGCAGACGGCGUGCCAUUUACAGAUAGCCAGCCGCUCGCGGCUAUCCAAAGGACAGCGGGAGCGUUCGGGGUGCGCGCUCAGUGAUGUGACGUCAGCCUUUUUCUCUGAUCUCUCCCCUUUCUCGCUCUCUCUCUCACAACUUGCUCGUCACAGCAGACUCUACGGACCACGCACGGGAAGUUGGUUCGACGUUCGCGCGAGCGGCCGAUGAUGGAAGGGCGCCGUCAGAAGCUGGAAGUCAAACGCCGAGCCUAAAGCCAGUGAACGCAUAUGGCACCUAGCGCGGAUAUCUUGGCUUACGCCUGACUCGCGCAUAUGCUCAAAAGGCCGCACCGAGCCGCAUAAAGGGCGUGUUGUGUCGGUGUCGUCCGUGCCACGUGCUGAGUGCUACGCCGGGAGCCUUCUCGACGUUCGUCGCUGCAAUGAAAACAAUCUGCGGCGCUCACUUUGGAACGACAUCGCCCGGCGACCGCUAAAAGACCAAAGAAAGCGAAAUGUUUUCUCCUUCUUUUUAAUGUGGAAAUUUUGCGUUGUCGGCAACGUUGAGGUGGGAACAAGGGCCAACUGGAACGUGCGGAUACCAACUGUGCUUCGGGUUGAUCAACGGACCUUCAGCGGGCUUGCCUGAGUUGGUCCUGCAGAAAGUCCUGUAGGCCGUUAGCACUUUCUUCUCGCUCGUCCGAUUCCCAGCCAGCGAUGAAAGGUUUGCCUGAGUUGGUCCUGCAGAGAGUCCUGUAGGCCGUCAGCACUUUUUCAUGUCCCUCCAAUCCCCACCCAGCGAUAAAAGGCGGAAUGGCUUAGAGAAGGACCAACCAGAAUCGUCGUGUGCGCUCACUGGGCGACAGACGUCAGCGAAAGCGCAGCCAUGAAGGUCACUGCAGCCUCGCCGAACGAGGAUGCCAUUGACGACUGCAGCAAGGAGCUUGCGGGUCUUAAGAUGGCACCCCAGGGCCCUACGGCGGAAUCCUUCAAGGAGGCGUCUGGCAAGUCGACGCACCUUCCCCGGGCCCUACUACGGCGGCGCAGCAGCAUGCACCAGGUCGCCAACGCAGCCCGUCGCGAGGCCGGCGGCAUCAUAGCCGCCCUGGGCACGGGGUUGGCCAUCAGCGUAGGCGGCCUCCUCAUCAGCAUGGUGCUGAUGAUCCAGCCGCUGGCGGUGUCCGGACUGCGGAGCUUGGCCGCGGUUUUCUACCUGCUGCCGGCGCUCGCCUUCUGGAGACCUCGGCUAUGGCCCGCCCCGGGCUACCGGUUAGGCCUCGUUGCCGUCGCUGUGGUGCUGUCGUUCCGGGCGCUCACGUUCACGCUGGGCAGUGUUGCCUUACCGCUGGCCGAGUUCUCGCUGCUGCUCAACACGAUGCCGCUUUUCACGGCCAUACUCGGCUGCAGCUUGCUGGGCGAGAAAUGCGGUCCCCGCGAGAUCGCAUCGGGGCUCCUGGUUCUGUUCGGAGCCGCGGUGGCAUUCCUGCCCACGCUCAUAAUGUCCUCGGACGCGACCACGUCGGCGGUGGGCAUCGUCGUCACGCUGGGCUGUGCUUUCUGCCAAGCGCUGUCCUUUGUCAUCCUAAGGAAGCUGUCUGACCAGGUGUCCCCCCUUACCGUGACGAUCUGGACUCUGCUGAUCACGUCCGUGCUGUGUCUUCCUCCGGCGGGCGUCAUGGGUCAGCUCAACCAGAUCGACUUAAUCCCAGUGGACCUGGCCUACGUGGCCGGUUCCGGCAUAACGGGCCUCCUCUCCGCGCUUCUGCCGGCCAUCGCGUGCACCAUGGCCGAAGCCGGCAGGGUGGCCAUCGCCACAACGUCCAGCGUCGUCUUCUCGUUCGCCCUCCAGGCCGCCGUGCAACUCAGAGCUCCCACGGUCUGGGCCCUCGUGGGUGCCGCCUUCAUUGUGGCAGCCGUUGUCUGCUCAAACCUGAGGUUCGAGCGCUCGGAUGUCAAGCAGAAGCUGACGGGCAACGAGCCUGGCGCGGACAACGUGGCUGGGCCUUUGCCCGUCAAGGACUACGGUGCUCUGCACAUGGCCAUACCACCAAAGCCGCCCUGAACGACCGUCGUCACCCAUGGAACUUUACUGCACCACUCGUGGACGUUCCUCAUUGAGUCUAGAGACAUUUCUUGGAUGUAUAAAUGUCAGCAAGAUGGUCUUCGGAAUAGCCUUCUGCUCGAUGUUAGGCAUGCGGUUAACUGUAUGCGUGACAUUAACGACAGAUUGCUCUCCUCGAUCGUGUUCCGUAACAAAAUGAGCGUGCUGACAACUUUAUUCGGCCCCGGCGAUCGGCUGUGCAUGGUUCUGGUGGAAAGCCUUGCUGGGCAAUGGCAUGCGUUAUCUUUCUGGGGAAAUUGCCAAGCUCCUAAGAUAUUAAACGGCUGCGUACAUCCGACCCUCCAUGUUGGUUCAAGCCUAUAAAAGAAAGUCAAGGUCAAAUUGGUUCAAUUGUCACGAUGCCUAAACAUGUCUACGACAUGUUUACCACUCUAUACCGUCCAUCCAUCGCAGCGUCCUCGAAGUCGUAACGAAGUACAUAGAAACAGACGGUGUCUCAUUUGCAACCUCAUGCUAUCGCUUGUCACAAUCCUGGCGGCUGGCUGUGGAAGUGCCGGAAAAGACGGCGCGUACACGCAAGGUCGUUGUCAUGGCGAUGUCCCAACUCGUGAAUGUUGUGAUUUCUGUCGACUGAACGCCUCUAUAGCUAGCUACUGCAGAACAAGCGCCUGCAAAGUCUACGUUUGCUGUUGUGCCACCACAGGAGCUCGUGGAGCAGGGCGCGGAACAGUUAUGACAUCCAAUCCGGAAGUCAAGAAGAGAUAAAUGAAGACGCUGUAAACGCGCGAGUUGGAGAAGCGUUUCACGCGUCACAGCUUAAACGCCCAAGCAGCGGUAAUAUAGUCCACCAUAAUUUGCGGUCAAUCGUAUCUUUGUAGUACAGGGCUCUUCGCUUAGUGCAGCCAUACCGGAACAUUUCCAUUGAAUGCAACGAGGUGUGAGGUACACGCCACUACAGCUCCCAUUCAGUUUGAAUCCGGCGGUAGGUGUACGACUGAUAUGAUGCUCUAACGAAAGAUUAAAUUGAGGGCAGGCAACGAAGUAACAAUAAAACAGUAUUUGUGUCGUCGUAUGCAGCGCAUCGUAUCCUAGAGCAGCGCUUCCCAAAUAUCGAGCAGUGGACUCCAGGAGUUUGUGAGAACAAAGAGCGACUUCCACACUGACGCGGAAGUCGCUCUUUUGAAGGAAGUAGCGUUCAUCGAACAAUCUUGCCUGGCAUUUUUAAAACAGAUGUAUCAGCAAUGUCCCCUGGAGACGUUAUUUAAUUGGAGGUGAGCUCUGAGUAUUGUAGACGACUAAAAAUCCGAUCAUAUAUACCAAAAUUCAUUGCCGUGUCAUUCGGUUUUUUCGAGUUGGACUGAUCUUUCUUCUCCGUGCCUUCAUGCUUCCCGCCCGUGUUUGUCUUCUAUCUUGUGUACGUCUUUUUAGUGCUUUUAACCAUGGUUUAAUACCUUCAUGCUUCGAAUGACUCGAAUCCAACAACAAACAGAAUUGCUGAUCAGCUACCCUUACGACUUCGACGCUCGCCAACUGUACCUGAACUAAGCACCUUGACGUUCCACAUGCAGCUCCACUCUUCACGUCGAUUGAAACUCUCGUUCAAGUGGCGGACCCACCCUACUUGCUCAUGAUAAGCUGAUCAACUUGGGGUCAGUCCAUAUAUACGAAUACAAGAUUGUGAUACUGUCUUUGUGCCUUGUGUCUUCAGCUGUAUUUUAUUUAUUUAUUUUCGCGUAAAUUCGUAGUUAUUUUGAUCUGGAAUAAUUUGUGUAUUUCCGUGAAGGCCUUUCGAGCAUGCUAGAAGGUCCUCGACAGUGCAGUUAUUAGCUAGGUACAAGAUACAUCACAUCGGGACCUAGGUGCAUUUAGCAAAGCGAAGACACAAACAUAUGUAAUUAUAUGUAAUUUUUUCUCGGUAGCUCUAACUGCAUAGUAUACAAUUUGUAGUAAUUUGUAACUGCAUGUUACUGUUCUGUAUGUACUUUUGUUUAAAUAUACAGAGGAAGGAGGGUGGACUUAUACUACCUGCAUACGAGUGCUUAAAGAUGUAGAGCUCCAGGACACUGCGGUAUGGACUUUUCCAGGCAAGCGCUUCAUAAACGCAAGCAGAUAUGAUUAUAAUAUUCAUUAAAAUAAUAUAUCUC